GCAGACGGGGGCACCGUGGACCUGCGAGAGAUGCUGGCUGUGUCGGUGCUGGCUGCCGUUCGCGGUGGCGACGAAGUGAGGCGCGUCCGCGAGAGCAAUGUCCUCCAUGAGAAGUCCAAGGGGAAGACGCGCGAGGGAGCCGAUGACAAGAUGACCAGCGGGGACGUGCUGUCAAACCGCAAGAUGUUCUACCUACUCAAGACCGCCUUCCCUAACGUUCAGAUAAAUACAGAGGAACAUGUGGAUGCAUCUGAUCAGGAGAUUAUCUUAUGGGAUCAUAAAAUUCCUGAAGACAUCCUGAAGGAAAUAGCUACCCCUAAAGAGGUACCAGCAGAAAGUGUUACUGUCUGGAUUGACCCACUCGAUGCUACACAAGAAUAUACAGAGGAUCUUCGAAAGUAUGUCACUACUAUGGUGUGUGUGGCUGUAAACGGUAAACCUGUGCUAGGAGUAAUACAUAAGCCGUUUUCUGAAUAUACAGCUUGGGCAAUGGUAGAUGGUGGGUCAAAUGUGAAAGCCCGCACUUACUACAAUGAGAAGACCCCGAGGAUCGUUGUGUCUCGCUCCCAUUCGGGAAUGGUCAAACAGGUUGCUCUUCAGACUUUCGGAAACCAGACUACAAUUAUCCCGGCUGGUGGUGCUGGUUAUAAAGUUUUAGCGCUCUUGGAUGUGCCUGAUAAAAGUCAAGAAAAAGCUGAUCUAUAUAUUCAUGUGACAUACAUAAAAAAAUGGGAUAUAUGUGCUGGCAAUGCCAUCUUAAAAGCCCUUGGGGGGCAUAUGACUACCCUGAGUGGCGAAGAAAUCAGUUACACUGGUUCUGACGGCAUCGAAGGAGGGCUCCUGGCCAGCAUCAGAAUGAACCACCAAGCUCUAGUCAGAAAACUCCCAGAUCUGGAGAAGACAGGGCAUAAAUAAGAAGCUGA